CCAUUACGUUAUUUUAAGGCCACGUUGGUGUCCUUUUAAGGCCUUAUGGACGGAUCAUUUUAAAACUAUUUUAGCUGACUGGUCAAAGCACCAGAUUUAUUUAUUUUGGACAGCUUUUUAGUACUUGGGUAGUAUGAUGGCUGUAGAGGGGUCUAUCUGAGGAUAUCCGGCUCUCUGGUCCUCCGUCAUGACCCUGGAGAGUGUGGCGAUCACGGAGAGCUCAAGCUCCUCUGCGCGGGGAUUCUGCUCCUGCUGCGGGGCGAAAAUAAUGCCGUACUUCUCCGACAACGCGGUCGCUUCUCAAAACCAGAUCAACCAGCUUAUCAGCGAGAACUUCCUAACCGUCAAAGGUGCCGCUCUCUUUCUCCCUCGGGGAAAUGGCCCCUCCUCUUCUUCAGCACCCCGCAUCAUUCAGCGGCGGAACAAACACACAGGUGACCUUCAGCAGCAUUUGCAGACCAUGUUCACCCUGCUGCGCCCAGAGGACACCAUCCGCCUGGCUGUCCGUUUAGAGAGCGCCUACACCCUGCGUACACGGUACAUGGUGAUCGUCUCCACCAAUGGUAGACAGGACACAGAAGAAAAUGUGGUGCUGGGAAUGGACUUCAGCAAUUCAGACCGCACUUGCACAGUUGGGCUGGUUUUACCUUUGUGGAGCGAUACACUUAUACACUUGGAUGGAGACGGUGGCUUCAGUGUGUCCACCGUUAGCCGAGUCCAUGUCUUCAAACCAGUCUCAGUGCAGGCCAUGUGGUCAGCCUUGCAGUCUCUGCAUAAGGUUUGCGAGGUGGCCCGAUGUCAUAACUACUACCCCGGCAGUCUCUUCCUGACCUGGGUCAGUUACUAUCAGAGCCAUAUGUCCUCAGACCAGCACUGCAUCAAUGAGUGGAACGCCAUGCGAGACGUGCAGUCCUACCGUGCAGACUCACCCGUGCUGUUCACUGAUGUGCCAACUGAGAGAGAACGCACAGAGAGACUGAUUAAGACCCGUUUGAGAGAGAUCAUGAUGCAGAAGGACCUGGAAAACGUUACUUCAAAAGAGAUUCGGACGGAGCUAGAGAUGCAGAUGGUUUGCAACCUGCGCGAGUUCAAGGAGUUCAUCGAUAAUGAGAUGAUUGUCAUCCUGGGCCAGAUGGACAGCCCCACCGAGAUCUUCGACCAUGUCUAUCUGGGUUCAGAGUGGAAUGCCUCUAACCUUGAGGAGCUCCAGAACAGUGGAGUUCGCUACAUCCUGAAUGUGACGCGAGAGAUUGAUAAUUUCUUCCCCGGGCUUUUCGAGUAUCACAACAUCCGAGUGUAUGACGAGGAGGCCACAAACCUCUUGGAGUAUUGGAAUGACACCUACAAGUUCAUUUCCAAGGCCAAGAAAGCUGGGGUGAAGUGUCUGGUACACUGUAAGAUGGGAGUGAGUCGUUCUGCCUCCACCGUGAUCGCAUACGCUAUGAAGGAGUACGGCUGGGACCUGGAAAGAGCCUUUGACCAUGUGAAGGAACGGCGCUCCGUCACCAAACCAAACCCAUCCUUCAUGAAGCAGCUGGAAGAGUACCAGGGUAUCCUGCUAGCCAGCAAACAGAGGCAUAACAAGCUGUGGCGUUCCCACUCAGAUAGUGAUCUUUCGGAGGGUCACGAGCCGCUGUGCAAGGCAUCUCGCUCGCUGGACCGCCCGGACCCAUAUAACAACAACAGUCCUCCUUCCAUCCAGCAGAUGCUAGGCAUUGCUGUGCUAGAGUCCCUUACCAGUCCACAGCCUGUUACAGGCAACACCCAUAUCAAAUCGGGUGAGCUGCCACAUGAGGACCCCUUCCUCCCGCCUCGCCCCAGACAACGAGCAGCUACAGUGGUGCCUGAGCAGAAUAUGGCAAAGAACUCUCGUAAGAACCUUGCGGUGAGCGAGCCAGUUGCUCGUCGCCACCCUCCUCCCUCUCUACACGUUCUCGCUCCUCCUCUUACGCCAGAGGAGAGAGAGGGCAAUACAACUCUAGACCUCGGCGCCCAGUCGUCUCACCAAGUGCCUGAGCCAAAAACAGAUACUGUUGAGUUGUCCCCUGACACUCCUGAUCAAAAUGACUCUUAUCAAGUGUCACAAAGCUUAGAACUUUGUCUGGAAAGGGCUAUCAGCAAAGAUGAAGGGAACCUGCCUUCUCCAAGCACGCCCGAGGCUGACAGCCCCUCAGCAGCCCUUUCGAUUCCCGAGCUGGACUCUAGUGAUGAUAACAACAACCCCAACGCUGCAGAUCUGGUAGCAGCAGACUCUGUGCAUGCCGGCGCAUCCCGCCUUAGCACAGAUAGCAUUGACUUCUUUAGUGCCAGAGAGAAGUUCCUCUGCCUGUCCCAGGACAAGCACCCUCGCUCAUUUUCCGAAAUGGCUGCUCUGCAGCCACCUCAAUCCAGAUGCACCCCUCCCUUGGAUGAUCCCAGUGAGGAAACGGAUGAGUGCCACGCCCACUCAGAGACCAAUAGUGAUGCAGUGCCCCACCCCCUUCACCAUGACAACAAUGUGUGUGUGCGUCAUAUAGUUACUGAACUGGAAUCCAUAUCACACACCUGCAGUCCACCACUGGCACGCAACUCACCUCAAAGUGCAACACUGGAGGAGGUGGAUGGGCAAACUUCUUCAGCUCCUCACUCUCCCUCCGACAGGACCUCAGGAUCUGUGCGUCGGGCCACCGAGCAGUUGGAGCUUAUACUACGACAGGGUCAAGAGGUUCCUCGCGCUCCUCUUCCUUCCCCAUGUUUGGACUGUUCUGAACUGCAAUCUUUCUCCAGUAAGCCAGAGGGCACUGUGGCCCCGACCUGCACUGAGACCCAAAAGACUACAGACGAAAAAGGAGGCGACACCAAAGUGCUUGAUGAUGAGGACUCUGGUAUAAUCCCUGAUCCUUCCUUCUCACUGUAUCUUGAAGGGAGUGUUUCGGUGGAGGCUGACCAGAUCACUUUGAACCCCACUCUUGAGCCCAGCUCUGGUUCUUCCUCUGUGUUGUGGCUAGAAGGCGUGACCGAGCUGGAGACGGAUGUAGACAACCUGUUGAGGCCCCAAUUCCGGCUAGCACGCAGCAGUGAGGACUUGCAGAAGAUCCAGGAGACUCUCCGAGAGCUCCAGGCGUUCUUGUAUGAGGCUGGAGGACUGGGGGCCUGCAAUGGACAAGUUGAGGAGAACCAGCCGCUCAAGGGCCAGUGGAACUCAUUAGAUGGGGAGCAACGCUUGGAGCCCAAAGCACCUGCGAUGUGGCAGAGAGCCAUGGAAAUCGAGGCCCGCAUCAGACAGGCCGGUCUAACCCCUCCCUCACUCAUGAAACGCUCUGCCUCACUUGCUAAACUUGACCGGCUAGAGCUGUCUACUAACGACUUGAGCGACUGGGACUUCCAUCCGGCUAACACAGGGUUUCAUCAACCCUCUUCUUCCUCUUUAUCCACCUUUCACUCCUUGCCACUGACCCACAGCCAUGAUGACGCCCAUAAGAAGCAGCGUGUUCUACCUCAGAGCCCUUCCACCCCUGAUUCCACUGUCCAUUUGAUAGAGGCGGACAGGAUUGAAGGCUCCGCCCACCUCUCACCCUCAUGUUUGCAGAUAAUGCAAGUGGGUGGAGCCAGUCCCCCUGAACACUCCCCCGUCCAGCCCACCAAUUCCGUGUCCACACGACAACAACAUGCAAAGACUUAUCCCAUUCGCCGUUUCCGCAAAGCGUCAGACAAGAAAAAGACAGUCACUGUUUUGUACAACACCAUGUGACCAUUACUGAACUUUCACAUGCUGCUUUUAUCGGCGUGAAGGACUAUCUCAGACUGCAACCAAUUAAAGUUUCAUUCAGUGAAGUCUAAGCUAAAUUUGUACGCUAAAGAUGUAUGCUACUGUAGGUGCGAAUGAGAGCGUGAGUGUGUUUCAGUUGUGUUCAGAAUCUUUCAGGUAGCAACUCAAACAAGAGGGUUGUUUCUUAAAAUAUGCACUUUACUCUCUUGUUUUUCUUUUUUACGGUUUUCUUUUAUUUUUUUAGAUAGCAUUUUUAUUUGAGUAUUUUUGCACUGGCUUGUUCGGUAGAGUUGACUGUAUGUCUGACAGCAUGUGGAGUCAUGAUUCUGUUUGAAAUCAAGGUAAACUUGAUCAACUUUUUUUAUCCUGUGCUUUAGCUGUGACUCAUAAAAUAAAACUGCACUAUUUUAA